AUUGUAUGUUAAGUAGGACAAAUAAUGCAAUAUCAGUUUUGCAACAAAAUAACAAGUGUAAAACGAGUUUGAUAAACUGCCUAGUUGACUGUAGUGAAAAUUUCUUAAAAUACAAUUAGGGCAGCAUGGAAAAUAUUUCGGAUCAGCAAAUUCUACAGGCAUUAAAGAAAACUCAGGAAGAAUUUCGUUUUCCAGACGCUAAACUCGAACUGAUUUCGGAGGAAUGUUUCCCAGAUAUGUUUAAGGCACUCAAAGAAUGUUUCUUGACCGACGAACCACUAGAAAAGUCAUUAGAAAUGUCAUGGAGUUCGGAUGUGGAAGACCUCUGGCUAUCUGCAUUAAGAUAUAGAAUGUCGCUUAUGGUCGUUAAUGAGAAUAAUGGAGACAUAAUGGGUAUGCGCGUGAUACGUGUCACAAAGCAGUCGGAUCACUUCAACAUUGACGAAAUCAAAGAUGAAAAAGUUAGAAAAAUCGUAGACUUCUUUGAAUAUUCGUCAGAAAACUUUAAUUUCUUUGCGAAAUAUAGCAUUUCGGAAAUGUUUGAAUUUUUUGGCCUUGGUGUGAUGCCAAAAUAUAGGAGACAUGGUCUUGGAACACUUCUGGUGGAAACGGGUGUGAAAUUUCUGUGCAACCUACAAAAGCCAUGCUAUAUUAAAGGAUCAGCCUCGUCUAACUAUUCUAAGAAGAUAUUUGAAAAAUGCGGUUUUGAAAUGCUAGCAGAGUUCCAAUUUGAAGAUUAUAAAGUUGAUGGAAAAGUUGUUUUUGAUAGCACGGGGGAGCAUAAGUCGCUCAAAGUAUAUGGAAAAUGUUUAAAAUAGUUUUGACGAUGAUUUAGUUGAUCGAUGUGCUAAAAAUAAACCCGUUUUAUUGUUUAUUUAUUCUGCAUAAAAAUUUAACAAAUGUCAAUAUUUGCUUUGGUGCACAAAUGUAUAAUAUUGUGUCCCUUUACCAUAAAAGGGGUGUAAGGAAUUGGAAAAGUAAACUAACAUAGCAAAAACAGUGAAAGUAAGACAUGUUUAGGUUUUUAGUCAUAUUAAAUGUUGAUAUAUUGACGCAUUGUUGCUACAGAUAUUUGUUGAUUUAAAUUUUCUUAUUGAUUUUAAUCAAGUUUAUUUUGUACGCUCAAUUAAGAAAAUAAACUUUUAAAAAUAAACUAACUUUUGUUCUUU